AGCAAAUCGUUUAUUAUUAUCAACUGUCAAUUCUUUUUAGAGACAAAAACCAAUGGAUGCAGUUAAUUGCACGGUUGAUCUUAAUGGACCUGCACUGUUCUGACCUUCUGUCAUUCACUGACAUCAUACAUUCAAAUGCAAAUGAUCUGGUGAAUCACAGCCGGCGGAGCUGUCCUAUAAAGCGGGGCACAAACUGUCCGCUUGUCCUCGCAGGGCCCAGGGGUGAUCCUGCCGAGCGGGAGAGGAGACAGGAGACAAGACCCGACGAUUUUUGGUGGGCGACAGAGAGAGAGAGUUUCAAAAUCAUAUGAUGUCAGUGGUUGGCGCGCAGCCUUUCAUCAAACCAAUGCAGCCAGCACCUUCUGUUUCGCCUGGUAUCCAGAGGAGACACACACUGCCCGCCAGCGAGGUCCGGCCGCUCAACACGCAGGAUGCCAUAAGCGUCUUUGAGAUCGAGCGUGAAGCUUUUAUCUCAGUGUCAGGUGAGUGUCCCCUCCACCUGGAUGAGGUGCGUCACUUCCUCACGCUGUGUCCAGAGCUGUCCAUGGGCUGGUUCGAGGAGGGCCGGCUGGUGGCUUUUAUCAUCGGCUCUCUGUGGGACCAGGACAGACUCACCACAGACGCGCUGACUCUCCACAAGCCCCGCGGCUCCACCGUCCACAUCCACGUCCUCGCUGUCCACCGCACCUUCAGGCAGCAGGGCAAAGGUCCCAUCCUGAUGUGGCGCUACCUGCAGUACCUCCGCUGCCUGCCCAAUGUGCGCCGAGCGGUGCUGAUGUGCGAGGACUUCCUCAUCCCCUUCUACCGCAAGUCCGGCUUCAAGGUGCUGGGCCGCUGCGCCAUCACCGUGGCCAGCAUGACCUUCACGGAGAUGUGGUACCCCAUCAGCGGCCACGCGUACAUGAGGCGCAACAGUGAGGCGAUCCGUUUCCCGCAGCAUCCCCUGACCCUGCCGCUGACAAAGACCGACGAGCAUGUAUGACUGUCUGUGACGCGAGCUGCGCGCACAGGUUGGGUUUGAUUUCAAAUCAGUGUCGUGUCCUGUGGGACGUGUUGGGGUUUUUCUCUGUUCUGUUGGAUUUUUGUUUCCUCUGAUUUCCUCCUGAAACUCUGUGUGAAAUCCUCUUUAAACAAGAAUGUACUAUACUGUAAUGUGAUGUAUGAUACUUUGUGUUACCAAGUUUAUUUUCAUGGUCUAGUUAUUAGUGAGUUUAAACCGUUCCAACAGCUCUGUAGUCAGAGUUACUUGCUGUCGUGUUAGACACUUGGAUGUGUUGCUUCCUGCUCAGCGCCGUCAUGGACUUCCCACAACUAUGGACUGACGUCAGCCUGCAGGCUUUAGCCGCUCAGCCGCAGCUCCUCCAGCUCUAUUAGGGGGCUUUAGCUGUUGUAAACGUCGGAGGAUUUAGAAAAGGGAUCCACUCAUCAUUAAGUCUGCACAUGCAAUGACCCGACUUAGAUUUUGGUGAGAUAGGACUCUGUGUUGUAACGUGUUUGUGUCUGUUGCAGUAUCGAUUUCAAUAAAAUGUUUUCUACUGUUUUUUUUUUAAAGAUGAAAAAUGAAUGUUUUUUGUUGGAUUUGUCUUCCCCAAGUCGUUUUAACUUUCCCCCCUUGAACACCUCACUUUAUUUGUCAU